CCACAAUCAGGGAUAUAAACACAGCCGCUAGACCGUAUAGGUAGUAAGAUAUUGUGAGAAACGGCCUCUGUGAGAAUAUCGUAAUGACAAUCAAGCUACGAAAUCUGACACCAAUAUCCUUAGGAAUGUCUUUAUGGCGUUCUUUCCGGUCCUUGAGCUCCUCAAUGUUGGUCACAGUUGGCUUUGCCCACUAUAAUCUGGAUGAUAUGAGCAUUGAUGAACGGAGCGGAGAGGAUGUAUAUUGCAUCCCUAAACGUUGCAAAGAACUGGCACAAGAAGAGAACUGCCACUUUUGUAAUUCUGGCGCAGCAAUUGACUUCUCGACUUGAUUAGGACGAUAGCAUCUAUCGAGGUUGAAAGCAACUCUC